AAAUAUAUUAUUAGAAACACGUGUCCCAGCAGUAAUCAAUAUCAGUUUUUUAACCGUGAAUACGACUGGAAUUAUAUGACAGGGUUACAAAAAUAACACGUGCAGGACUUGGAAAUUCUAGAUCUGCUUUGAACAAAGAUUGCUUAAUUUAGAUAACAACUGUCUGCUAAUGGAAGAGGAAGUUUAAUAUUUUCAUACUAAUAAGGAGGCUAUCCUGAGAAUAGCUGUCCACUCUAGAUAGUUAAAACAUUAUUUCAGACUAUCACUCAUCAUGGGUCUGGACUGUGUAGGGAUUUUUGGAAUGAUCCUCCUGGUCGUAAUCAAUAUAAUAUUAUUGAUUUUUGGAAUUGGUUUCCUGAUAGUGGGUGUACUGGCUCUACAAGACGUGGCGGAUCUCAAUGAAGAUCACAUCAAGCCCGUCCUGAACACCAUAGAAGUGAAUUCUUUUCAAGUGGGAGAGCUAGCAAAGAAUUUAUCCAUCCUUUUGAUAGUUAUCGGAGUCUUUAUUUUCUUUGUAUCAAUUCUGGGCUUCCUUGGCGCUUGCAGUCAAAAUAUAUGCAUGCUGGUGACGUAUGACAUCCUGGUUUUGAUUUUACUUGUGAUGAAGAUUGCAAUCAUUGCGUUGUGGUUUACCAUGCAAAACAAGGUCGAGGAGGAAGUAAAAAGCAAGAUGCUGACAAGACUUAAAGACAAUUUUAAGAGUGACACCAUCACAGAUAAUAAUGAAAUAUCAAAUGCCUGGAAUUACCUAUUCAUGUCGCUCGACUGUUGUGCAGUUGAUCCCGUGACAAGUACAACGAACGACUUUGACCAGACGACAUGGUGUACAACAAGUGGAAGUUGCCAGGCUACAAACUCUGAUAUACCGAGAACCUGUUGUAAUGGAGUGGACGAAAACACAUACUCAACAGCUCCAACUUCAUGUCAUUCAAGUGUUACUCCUGGAACUUAUAAUACAAAGGGGUGUUACGACGCUUUGAAAGAUAUUCUAACAUCUCACUUGUCUAGCAUCAUUGGUGUAGGCGUUUCCAUUAUGGUUUUGGAGAUCUUGUCUGUUGUCUUCACGGUCAUAGUUUGCAAGUUCGCAUAGGCACAUUGAGGUUUUUAAGAUUGCAGCUGUUGUUUUUGCAUUUGUUGUUUGUGUCCAAGUGGAAGAGGGCACUGUCUGAAUUCAAGACGUAACAAAAUAUUUCUAAAAAGACGUGCAAGUUAACGUUUUUGACAUGUCUGUUAUAAAAUACUUCAAGCAUCACUCAUCAAAUCAUACUUCAAAGCGAUGGAUUGUUCAUUGUAUUUGAUGUUUUAUAAAUAUGAUUUGCGGUUACCCACUUGAAUUUAUAGAAAAAAAGUCUUUCGACUUUUAUACAAUGUAAUAUCCCAUGUUUGAAUAACGAGAUUCCACAAUUAUUGUUGUGACGAUAAGGAACUUUGAGAAUGAUGGUGGGUAGUCACUACAGGGUAUUGUGGGGUUUUAUUUUUGCUAUAUUUUGUUUUUGUUUUAUACUUAUUUAGACGGAUUUUUGUGUUGUUAUCAUUUCUACAUCAUACUUAAUCAAAAUAUACUCACGGCGGAUGUGAGCGGUGGAAGGGGAUGCUUACUCCUCCUAGGCACCUGAUUCCGCCUCUGGUACGUCCAGGGAUCUGUGGUUGCCCUGUUCUUAUUUUUCCUUAUUCUUUAUAAGAGUUAUGAGAUUGAUCACUAUUCGUCAUAUUCACCUUCUAACAUCUGUGUCAUAAUGACACAGAAUUGUUUUUAUAUAUGCGUCAUAUUAUGUGUUUUAUAUUGCGAAUGUUUUCUCAUAAAUGUGGAUCAUUUAUUUUUCAUAGUAUACUUAUGAUAUAAUUUAUUGUUGUGACGUUACCACUUUGUUUCAUAAAUCCAUUCUGAGAUAUACUGGACUUAAAAGUAGUCAUUAAACAGUAAAAUUGUCCGUUCAGUUCAAUAUUUUAACACACAAAGGGUAGGGUUUUUUUUUUAUUGAUUGAACAGUUACAAUGAAGGGCUGAAUGGUACAGAACAAAGCCUGUUGUUCUUUGUUUGGACAAACAAAAAUAGCACUCCAAAUGCGUAAGUAGUACACGUUAGUAACUAUAGAAUCCAAUUUAGAAAGGCGAAAAUAGCGAACCGUGAUCAAUCUCAUAACUCCUAUAGCAAUACAAAAUAGAGAGUUGGGCAAACACGGACCCAUGGACACACCAGAGAUGGGAUUCAUCACUAUUUCGAACCAAAUCAUUCUUCAGGGAUAUGACUCUAUUGCACCAUAAAUUCGUUUUACCUUAAAGUUCAUUAAAGUCCUACAUCAAGAAUUAUACACUUUUUCAUCAUUUAAGACCGUCUCCAUAGACAUCGUAUUUUCCAAAUUGACGUGUAAUGGAAUAGGACAUUGUACAGCUGUUGGACAUCCCUGAUGGGCAAAUGCCCUUUAUUGUAAAGCUCUUGAAUAAUGGUUUGACCUCUUAAGGUGGAUCGAUCCUCAUGUGAUGUCAUAUGUUUUUGAAAAAAAUCUUUAUUAAAUGAAACUUUGCAUAUGAUAGAAAUAUAUCUUUCAGAGGAAUUUUAUUCACUGAAUAAAAAAAAAAUGAUAUACUAUUGAAAGUAAAAAAGUUCAUAUUUCUCAAAAGAUAACCAAUUAUUUAUAAUAGGAAAUGUUGUCAGUGGCAAUAACUCCGACGCUGGUAUUUCCUCUACUCUCUGUCUAUUUUACAAUCAUUUCUCUAGUAUCCACAAUUAAUUCACACAUCUUUAUAAAUUAGAAGUUUUUCUAAACUGAUGACAUUGAAAAUUUGUCAUUUUAACAAGUUUUUACCGAUUUUUAUUAUUCUGUUUUACGAAAAUGUGUGAUUUUCUGACGCUGACCUUUAUUUCUGUUUUGGUAUGCCUGACAUCUUGAAAGAGGUGGCAACAUAAUCGUACAUAUUUUCUUUUGGUUAUUGAUCAAUUUAAACUACUAGUAUAUUGAGUGGAAAUUAAUACAGUUUUUCCACUUUCAGCCAUUAAUAUUGAUAAGUCACAUGAAAGUGGAGCUACCUUAAAAGAAACCGAUGCUAGAGAUGAUUGACCCCUAAUACGCCAGUUUCGAGAUACGAACUCUUCUGUAUAGGAGGUGCAUUUAGUGGAACUUUGAAUGUCUAAGUGGGACAGAGUGGAUAUACAGCCAACGAGGAAGAUGAUGUAAUGUAUUAAAAGCGGCUUCUCUUUAAAUAUGUAAAUGUGGGAAAUACUUAAUACUAUCGAAAGAAAUGUUUUACCGAAGUGGAAACAUACAAACAAUGUCAUAUUUGCAAGAAAUAUCUUGGAUAUGGUACUUAUGACGAACGAAAUAACGUGAUAGGAUAAGAAUUCUAUGUAUUUGAUUACUCCCUAAAUACUUAUCACUUACUUAGUUUGUGUAUCAGUCGAAUUCGGGUUAUCAAACAGCGUAUGAGAAACUUACUGAGUACAUUCACUUACGCUGUGAUGAAUAUCUGUCCCACUCCCGCGUGUAAACAAAUUCUUUAGCGCCUUACUAUGUACGAGAGUUCUCCAAAGGGAAAUAACUCAGACGUAUCUCGAAACCGGCGUAUUGCUUUCAAUGACAUAUAAAUAAUUUUGGUGCAGAACGUCCAGACAAUAAAAGCGUUAUAUAAUUCAAGAAUGCUACUUCAGAAGAAAGAUAAGUUAUUACGAAAUAUUUCACUUCUUUGUAAAACUUCGAAUAUCUAAUGUCAGUGCGCUAUUUUUAUUUAAUUUCUAAUCAUAUGUGAAUAGUUGGUUAAGUACAAAACUGUCCAUUCUUUUUAACAAAAGACUGAUUAUAAUAUGAUGGACAAAGGAUAUACAUGUUUUCCAAAUGACCUUGUCGCACAUGUCCCUUUAGAUGAUUGUCCAUUGUGUUGACAGUGGAUACGAUUAUCUAAGUAGGAAAAUCCUUCAAAUUAUUAAUCAUCGGUACACCCUUCUAUCUUCCGCCAGCCCUUUCAUUAUUUUGUAUCUGAAGGGUUUAUAGAAUACAUUCGGUGCCCUCCAUCUUGCAAACAGUCAGAUUUGUUAUUUACGUUUCCAAUGUAUCCAUUUUUGUUUGUAAUGAAUAUUUGCCACCUCAUUUUUAAUUUUUGAGAAUAAAAGAAAGAACUCUU